CCGCCCGCACUUAGCGAUGGGCCUGGUAUUGCUAAAAUGUCUUUUCGCUAUGCGUCGCGGAGACUACGGUCUCAGGGGCUUUUGAAGGCGUCGUCGAGACUGAAUGGCUGUGCGAGGGUGACGCCUGUAUGGCAGAUAUGCCGAGGCGUUGCGUCGACGCCGACUGCUGAGAAAGUUCUCUUCCCUGGCGCGUUGAACAGCGAGUUCACCGACACACUCGACUUCCUGCAGCCGGCGACCAAUAAGGCCAUCUCUACGUACCGCGUCAUGAACCAGUAUGGGGAGAUACUGGACAAAGAGAUUGGCGUCGACACUACCGAUGAAGAGGCGCUGGCCUUGUACAAAAACAUGGUCAAAUUGAGCAUCAUGGACCUCCUCAUGUUCGAGGCCCAGCGACAGGGACGACUGAGCUUCUACAUGGUCUCCGCCGGCGAAGAAGGCAUAUCCAUCGGCUCCGCCAGCGCCCUCUCCCCCGCCGACGUGAUCUUCUGCCAAUACCGCGAAUGCGGCGUCUACAUGCAACGCGGCUUCACACUAGACGACUUCAUGAACCAGCUCUUCGCGAACGCCAAAGACAACGGCCUAGGCCGCAACAUGCCCGUACACUACGGCAGCAGAGAGCUAAACAUCCACACCAUCUCCUCCACACUCGCGACGCAAAUCCCCCACGCCGCGGGAGCCGCCUACGCCCUCAAACUGCAAAACAUGCAGAACCCCGCCGUCGAGCCCCGCAUCGCAGUCUGCUUCUUCGGCGAAGGCGCAGCCAGCGAGGGCGACUUCCACGCCGCCCUCAACAUCGCCGCCACCCGCCAAGUCCCCGCCAUCUUCAUCUGCCGCAACAACGGCUACGCCAUCUCGACACCCACAAGCGACCAAUACCGCGGCGACGGCAUCGCGAGUCGCGGCGCGGGCUAUGGAAUCGCCACCCUGCGCGUCGACGGAAACGACAUCUUCGCCGUCCGUCGCGCUAUUAAAUCCGCGCGCUCCCUCGCCCUACAGGAUGGCGGCCGUCCCCUCCUCAUAGAAAUGAUGGCCUACCGCGUCGGCCACCAUAGCACCUCGGACGACUCGUUCGCAUACCGCCAGCGCGUCGAAGUAGAGGACUGGAAACGCCGCGAUAAUCCCAUCACACGGCUGCGCAAGUACCUCGAACUCAACCACUUGUGGGACGACGCUAAAGACAAGGCGUUACGCAGUGCGCUGCGCAAGGAAGUGCUAAGCGCGUUUGAGCGCGCGGAGAAAGUGGGGAAACCUAGUCUAAAGAAUGCGUUUGAGGGCGUUUGGGCGGAGGUUACGGAGGAGCAGCGGGCGCAUAUAAGUGAGUUGAGGGAUAUAAUUGAGCGGUAUCCUGAGGAGUAUGAUGUUGGGGGGUUUGAGGGCGGGGUGGGGGGGCUGGAUGAGCUGUUGAAGGGGAAGGAGGGUUCAUAG